GCGUUGCGACACCUCAACUAAAAGAGCACUGUGUUUGCUGUUCCUUAGCAAAACAUCUUCACAAUGACGACCAUUCACUGCCAUGCUUUACAGUGUCUGCCUGGCUUACUAUUGUCAGCCUGGGCUGUGAGGGUGUGUGUUUCUAUUUCAGUAAGAGGGACAAUUGGGAUAAACAGCUCACAGAUGGGGUUGAUGAGUCGGUCAGAUUGGAUGAUGUGGAAAGAAACUGUUACUAAAGCAAAUUGACGUCGUGUGCUACAGAGGUGGAGGCUCAACGAGCCCAGAAAUAACCAAGUCAGAAAAAGACUGGGGGGGGGUGCAUUUCAAGAGGCUUGGGUCACAGCAGGUGCCAAUUCUGACUCAGACACACACACCGCCCGCUCCUUAUACUGACAUAUUCCCAGUCUAGUUCACCUUGCCCCACACACACUCACAGGCUGUGCCCUUGCCCAGUACCAUUUCAGAGAACCUGAAACAUGGAAGCCUCCAGAAUCUCUCUCCAUCUUCUCUUCUUCCUUCUGAUUGGACAAGCUUCACAUACCAGCAGUAGUCAGCCUCAGACCAAUGUGGACAUAGAUCUACAUGAUCAAAACUCCAUUAGCCCAGAGGAAAACAACAGCACAAUACUCCCCGACCCCUCCCCGGAGCCAGACAACUCCAGCUCCCCCAAGGAGGCCACACCGGGCUGCUUCAUCAAGCCCCAGAUGGGCUUCAUACUAGUGGCCUGCGCCGGGGGCCUGGUCCUGUGUCUGCUGGUCUCUACUGUGGUCCUGGCCUGCCAGGUGUGCCGUCUUAGGCGCCAGGCCCGUGCCCCUCGCCCCACCCGCAGUAAUGUGGACUUGGUGAGUGGCAUAGGCUACUGGGGCACGGAGCACACAGAGAGGGGCAUAGUGGGGCCCUGCGAUGCCAGCGUCAUGUUUGAGGAGGUCCAGGUGGAUGAUGAAGAGCAGGGAGAAGAAGAGUGGAAGGAAAGGGAGGAGGAGCAGGCAAGAGAAGGGGUAAGGAGCCAAACGGGGGAUUCAGGAACGGCUGGAGAAAUGUCCAUGCAGAUGCAGUGUUCCAGCUCCAGGAAUUUGUGUAUGGAAGUCCCCCAGGAUCUAGACAACAUGCCCCUAGCAGUGUGAUGAGCAAUGCAUGCACUCCCUAUAGCCUCAGAGAGCCAUGCCUGGCUAGGAGCUUAACUUCACUAAGGCACAGAGAUAUCAAAAGGCCAGAUAACCAGUCUUAUGCCUCAACAAGUCAAGACCAAGACAGUUAUUUUUUCUAAGUACUGCAUCUAUAUGUAAUCGAAUUAGGAGCUUUUACAUAUUUGCAAAGGUUCAACUGCCCAAGUUAAAUACCCUUACUGCAAAGGUUCAACUGCCCAAGUUAAAUACCCUUACUGCAAAGGUUCAACUGCCCAAAUUAAAUACCCUUACUGCAAAGGUUCAACUGCCCAAGUUAAAUACCCUUACUGCAAAGGUUCAACUGCCCAAAUUAAAUACCCUUACUGCAAAGGUUCAACUGCCCAAGUUAAAUACCCUUACUGCAAAGGUUCAACUGCCCAAGUUAAAUACCCUUACUGCAAAGGUUCAACUGACCAAGUUAAAUACCCUUACUGCAAAGGUUCAACUGCCCAAGUUAAAUACCCUUACUGCAAAGGUUCAACUGCCCAAGUUAAAUACCCUUACUGCAAAGGUUCAACUGCCCAAGUUAAAUACCCUUACUGCAAAGGUUCAACUGACCAAGUUAAAUACCCUUACUGCAAAGGUUCAACUGCCCAAGUUAAAUACCCUUACUGCAAAGGUUCAACUGCCCAAGUUAAAUACCCUUACUGCAAAGGUUCAACUGCCCAAGUUAAAUACCCUUACUGCAAAGGUUCAACUGCCCAAGUUAAAUACCCUUACUGCAAAGGUUCAACUGCCCAAGUUAAAUACCCUUACUGCAAAGGUUCAACUGCCCAAGUUAAAUACCCUUACUGCAAAGGUUCAACUGCCCAAGUUAAAUACCCUUACUGCAAAGGUUCAACUGCCCAAGUUAAAUACCCUUACUGCAAAGGUUCAACUGCCCAAGUUAAAUACCCUUACUGCAAAGGUUCAGGACCUUUGUACGGGUGGAUCAUUUACAUAUUAGUAAUUUAGUGGCGCUCUUAUCCAGAGCGACUUUCACUUAGCUGACUUGGUGAAAUAUCUGUCCAAGUGCCCUUGAGAAAGCCCCUUUAACUUUCUCAAGGGCACAUGGACAGAUUAUUCACCUAGUCGGCUCUGGGAUUUGAAACUGUGACCUUUUGGUUACUGGGUCAACGCUCUUAAACGCUAGGCUACGUGCCGCCACAUUCAAUCAGUACACAAUACCAA